AUGGCAUUCCGUAGCACCCAUGCCGUGCGACGAGGCCUUCAAAGCUUCCUCCAAAAGCGAGCCGACGAUGUAGUCUUCACCACCGCUCUCCGCACACCCAUCGCCCGGAUGAAGAAAGGCUUCAAAGAUGCGUACCCGGAAGAACUCCUCGCUCACGUCCUUCAACGUACUCGCGAACGACUCGAAUCGCGCGGCGUAGACAAGGACAUCAUCGAAGACAUCUGCACCGGCACGGUCCUCAUGGAGCUCGGCGGCGCAAAAUCGGGUCGCAUGGCAGCUUUGCACGCCGGCAUGCCUAUCACUUCUGCCUACAAGACUGUUAACCGUCAAUGUGCUAGUUCUCUACAGAGCAUCACUGAUAUCGCCAACGCUAUUCGAGCUGGCGAGAUUCAAUGCGGUAUCGCAGCAGGUGUCGAAUCGAUGACUCGCAAUUACGGAUCUCGUGCUAUCCCUGUUGAUCUCAGUCCUAUCCUCAAGGAGUCCGAUUCGGUUGAUGCGAGAGAUUGCAUCUUACCAAUGGGUGAGACGUCGGAGAGGGUUGCCGAUAAGUGGAACAUCAGUCGUGAACGUCAAGAUCAAUUCGCUGCUGAUUCGCACCGUAAAGCGGAAGCUGCACAGCAAGAUGGUCGACUAGGCUCAGAAAUCGAACCUAUCGAAGUACGAUGGAUCGAUCCCGAAACAGGCAAAGAGGGCAAGAAGCUCAUUAGUAAAGAUGAGGGGAUUCGACCAGGUACGACCGCUGAAUCUCUUGGUAAACUGAAACCGGUCUUCCGAUCGGACGGUAGGAGCACAGCCGGAAACUCUUCCCAAGUGAGUGACGGAGCUGUUGCUCUCACUAUGGCAAGACGAGAUGUGGCUGAAGCGGCCGGUAUGGAGAUUCUGGGUCGAUGGGUUGGUACAGCAACUAAGGGUGUUAAGCCAGAUGUGAUGGGCAUCGGACCUGCAGAGGCUGUGCCCAAGCUUUUGCAGCGUUUCCAGCUCAAGACGGAUGAUGUGGAUCUGUGGGAGUUGAACGAGGCAUUUGCUUCUCAGUCGUUGAUGGUGAUGGAUACGCUCAAGUUGGAUGCAGCAAAAGUGAACCCUAAGGGUGGAGCUAUUGCGCUGGGUCACCCACUGGGUGCAUCGGGUGGAAGGUUGGUGACAAGUUUGUUGGCUGAAUUGAGGAGAACGGGUCAGCAGGUGGGAGUCGCUACGCUUUGCUGUGGUACUGGAUAUGGUAAGGCUUCGUUGAUCAUUGCUGAGUAG